AUGGCAGGUCGAACAAAUGACCCUGACAAAGCUUUCAUGAGUGAUGCUAUUAAAUUAUGUGAUUUUGGUGAAUGUGUUGUCAAUUUCAAAUUGCAGAUGCGUGCAGCUGUAUGUGAAAUUGCUAAUUAUUUUCCUACUGCCAUUGUUAGUGGAAGAUGUAGGACUAAGAUAUUUGAUUUUGUCAAGUUGAAAAAUGUGUAUUAUGCUGGAAGUCAUGGAAUGGACAUAUCAACCUCACUAGGGUCUUCCAAGUAUCAAGAUAAGAAGCAUCAAACAAAUGCUAUGGAUGAAAAGGGUAAUGAAAUUGUUCUUUUUCAUCCGGCAAAAGAUUUUUUGCCAACAAUCCAAGAGAUAAUUAAGAUUUUAAAAGACAAUACAAAAAAAAUAAACAACUCUACAAUUGAGGAUAAUAUGUUUUGUGUCACGGUACACUACCGCCGUGUGAAAAAUGAAGAGGAUGUUGAAGUUCUCAAAGAUAUUGUUGAAUCUAUUAUGAAAGCUUACCCUGAUUUUCACAUUUAUGGAGGAAAAAAGAUUAUGGAGAUACGCCCAAAUGUAAAAUGGAACAAAGGGCAUGCUCUAAUGUACUUGCUUGACACACUUGGAUUUAACACCUUUGAUGAUGUCCUACCAAUGUAUAUUGGGGAUGAUAGAACAGAUGAAGAUGCUUUCAAGGUUAUAAGACAAAUUGGAGGAGGCUUUCCCAUUGUUGUUUCUUCAAUUGCUAAGGAAACAAAUGCUUCAUAUUCUCUACGUGACCCUGCUGAUGUUAUGACAUUCUUGAUACAUUUAGCAAAAUGGAAGAAGAAUUUGUUACAAAAACCUAAACAAAUUUGAAGAGAAAAAAUGUGAUGGGUUAAUGAACUAUAGGUUAGAGAGACAUAGAGUUGAUGACAAAACAAAUUAACUAGAAAAUAAUUGUGUAAAUAUAAGUUGUACUUCAAAUGUUUAGAUUUUUAUAAAGUUCAAUUAAUUGGAAAAAUAAAUAAAUAAAUUUAGAUGAUGGACAUGAUAAUUCCCCAUGAAUGGAACAUUUGAGCUAUGGCUCAUAAAAAUCUA